UUUGUUUUCUUCUUCAGCAAAAACGCUGGUGAAGAAAACGACAUCGUUUCAAUCCUCACAAAACCACCGAGCUUGUCUCUCUUCGAAAUCUCAAAUCUGCCCUCAAUCUCUUCUCGGGUGGUCAAAUGGAUCGUUAUCGGGUCAUCGGUUCGGAGCCGAAUUGGUUGAUGGUUUACACGCGAGAGAGAGAGAGAGAGAGAGAGAGAGAGAGAGAGAGAGAGAGGGAGGUGAAGGGGUUGGAGCAUAAUAUAAUGGGGUCGUGAAAGCCACGCCACCACCAUUUCCAAGUCUAUUGUAUGGAGGCCAAAAGGCCACCACCUUACGCGUAAAGAACCAAACAACGAAAAGUUAUGGCUUCCGGUGCUUCGAGGAGAUUGUUGAAGGAUUUUUUGCGAAGAAGGCCGGUUUCGAAUCCUGUUGCAUUUACUAGGCAUUGCUCUUCUACGUCGGAAACUUUUCAGACUGCUCCGAAGAUCCCUCAUUUUUCCAAGAAAGGGAGGUUGCUUACAGGAGCAACCAUAGGCCUAGCUAUAGCCGGAGGAGCUUAUGUCAGUACUGUGGAUGAAGCAACUUUCUGUGGCUGGCUAUUCUCUGCAACAAAACUUGUGAAUCCAUUUUUUGCCCUUCUGGAUGCAGAAGUUGCUCAUAAACUAGCUGUUUCAGCUGCAGCUCGUGGUUGGGUUCCAAGGGAGAAGAGGCUUGAUCCAUCAAUUCUAGGGUUAGAAGUUUGGGGAAGAAAAUUCUCCAAUCCAAUAGGGCUUGCCGCUGGAUUUGAUAAAAAUGCUGAGGCUGUUGACGGCUUACUUGCUUUAGGCUUUGGCUUUGUAGAGGUUGGUUCUGUAACCCCUAUUCCUCAAGAGGGUAACCCUAAGCCUCGAAUCUUCAGAUUGCGUCAGGAGGGGGCUAUCAUCAAUCGCUGUGGUUUCAACAGUGAAGGAAUUGUUGCUGUUGCAAAGCGGUUGGGUGCUCAGCAUGGUAAAAGGAAGUUAGAUGAAACAUCAAGCACUUCACCUUCAUCCAGUGAUGAAGUCAGACAUGGAGGCAAAGCUGGGCCUGGCAUUUUGGGUGUCAAUCUUGGAAAGAAUAAGACGAGUGAAGAUGCUGCUGCAGAUUAUGUUCAAGGAGUUCAUACAUUGUCCCAGUAUGCCGAUUAUUUGGUGAUUAAUGUUUCAUCGCCAAACACACCAGGGUUACGCAUGCUUCAAGGAAGAAAGCAGUUAAAGGACCUUGUUAAGAAGGUUCAAGCUGCUCGUGAUGAGAUGCAAUGGGGUGAGGAGGGUCCACCUCCAUUGCUUGUGAAAAUUGCUCCAGACUUGUCUAAAGAGGACCUUGAAGAUAUUGCAGCAGUUGCCCUUGCCCUUCGCCUGGAUGGAUUGAUAAUAUCAAACACGACCGUUUCAAGACCAGAUUCUGUAAGCAGAAACCCGGUGGCUGCAGAAACUGGUGGAUUAAGUGGAAAGCCUCUCUUUAAUGCCUCUACCAAUCUCUUGAAGGAGAUGUACAUUUUGACGAGGGGAAAGAUUCCUUUGAUUGGUUGUGGGGGCAUUAGCAGUGGUGAGGAUGCAUACCAAAAAAUAAGAGCGGGAGCAACUCUUGUUCAACUGUACACAGCAUUUGCCUAUGGAGGACCUGCCCUCAUUCCCCAGAUUAAGGCUGAAUUGGCCGAGUGCUUGGAAAAGGAUGGUUUCAAGUCCAUUCUUGAAGCAGUCGGUGCAGAUUGCAGAUGACUUGAUUGCAUUUAAAUGUUCAAGGAUGGUGCAGAUUGCAGAUGAUUAUUAUAUGUUAGAGGAUGAGUUUAGACAAGGACGAAGAAAGAGGUAUACUGAGCCAUACGGGUGGUAAAUUUUGAAUAAAUACUUUUUUCUCUCUGUAGAUUUUGUUUUCCUAGGUAUUUGUUUUUGUGUUAAACUUUUUGUGGUGGAGUGAGAUGGGAGAGUCGAAGAUGGUGCAUUUUGAGUUGUAAAAAGUACAAUAAAAAUUUUGGAAGCAAUUUAUUGUGCUUUUUUUUAAUUUUAUUUUAAAUUUACCAUAGGUAUUCCAAAUGAACUCUGAAAGUGAGAAUUACAUGUCACGAAAUUACUCUAUAAUCAUCAUGUUAUUAUUGGCCAGGGAACAAGAUUUCUUCACCCUAGCAUAAUGAGUAGUGGAAAAUGCAGACUUGAG